AUGGAGGCACGAUGACGAUAGUCGGACUUCUCUGCGUAUCAUAGUCUCGCUUCGGUGUUCCUCUUUAAUUCUUCUGUAGCUCCUCAGAGGGUGUUUGUCGUUGAUGAUGCGCAUUAGUGGUGGAAUGUUGUUGAUGUGUUAGUUGUGCAUCAUUGAGGAGAGAUCGCUAGAUGGUCGGCAUAUCUGUGAGAUCGCUGCUGCGCCGUCCAAAAAUAGAUAAAUGAACGACGAGCGUGCCAUCCUUGUUGUCGGUGGUUCCACGCACUCCGUAACAAUGUACGAUUAUUAAAAGGUUUGUGGCCAACGCCGGAUAGGAAUGGAAGUGCUCAAAACCAGCCAAGAGAUUGUGCAUGAAGGGUGGCUUAUUAAAUCACCACCUACCAAACUUUGGCGAGCGCGUUGGAGGAAAAGGUGGUUUGCUCUUCGACAUAGUGGGGAAUUGCCUGGACAAUAUUUUUUGGAGUAUUAUACGGAUAGACGUUGUAGAAAAUUAAAGGGUCGCAUUGAUCUUGAUCAAUGUGAGCAGGUAGAUGCAGGUUUAAGGUUUGAAAAUCGUAAGCAAAAGUAUCAAUAUAUGUUUAAUGUUAAAACACCGAAAAGAACAUAUUAUUUAGUGGCAGAAAGUGAAGCUGAUAUGAAUAAGUGGGUAGAUGCUGUAUGUCAAGUUUGUGGCUUAAAGGCAUACACUCAAGAUGAGGAACAGCAAUGUCAAAUGUUCCAGUUUGAAACGCAAGAAUCCCCACCAAUUUCACCUACCAGUACUAUCUCUGGUCCUUACAUUCCUAUUAGCGAAUGUAUUUCUGGUCGACGGUUAAACGAUACUAGUUCCCUCAGUUCGGCUUUGGGACAAGGACCUGAACACUAUGAUGCCCCAAGAAGAUUGGCCCCUUCUCCUCCUAGAUCUCCUACAACAACUGAUGCGGAAAGUGUUUUUACCGACGACGAGUGGACUGCACCGGUGCCUAGUGUGAACUGGGAAACUUUUCCUUCUUCUGGUGAAUCCAAACAACAGCAUGGUACAAGCGAUGCCGAGAUUGGUUCUUGGAGUGUUCGAAAGCGAUUUGGAAAGUUGAGAAUCGUUGACUCGACUGUUCCGCCUGCUGUAGAAAAGUUACCGGCACCUCCUAGACCACCAAAACCUCCUCACAUGUUACCUGAAAAUCCUGGUCAUAAUUAUUUAAAUUUAGAUGGUGCUACCGAAAGCUCAAAACCUACAACUCCAGCGACUCCUGCGCCAUCAACUCCCGCAACUGCAAUUGUAACAGACGAAUCGUACGAUUUCCCAAGAUCUCAUCAACCAGGAGUACCCGAGCCAAGCACAAUAGACAAACAUUUUUAUUCUAAUGCUGCUCCAAGCAAUAUCGAAGAUACGCGCGUAUUCCGGUACGACUUUCAGGAAGAGGAGCCGUCUAGCCCACGUUCUGAAAGUUCAGCAACUGCUACGUAUUCAAAUUUACCAAGCCCACUUGUUCGAGAUAAUUCAUCUUCGGUACCAACAACGAUGGCCCCACCACCACCAGUUGUCUACCGAGAAUUAAAGCCAGGAAGGAAAACUAGCGAUUCUACGUCGGUUAUCAGUAACGAAGCUUCCCCAGGACCGAUAACGUCAGUUUUGGAAAUGAGUUCUGCUGAACAUUCUCCCGCUGAGCCACCGAGUAUUAACAGAAAGCUCAAACCUCCGUUAAAUAAAUCUCCCGUGGAAGGACCUUUACAAUUAGCCUCUCCACCUGGAAGAGGAAGAAUUAGAGCGGCUCCUAGUCCUACACCUCCAACUCACGUUCAUUCGAAUCGACAUCAAUCAACAUCGGAUGAAGAUAAUAAUGCUUUCGACGAUAAAGAAGAGAUAUACUACUAUCAAGAUCAAAAUAUUCCUGCUUCGAAUAGACGCCUUGUUGUUUUGCAAUAUUUAGAUCUCGAUUUGGAAGCAACAGAAAAUUUCACUUCUUCAAGCUUACCACCUACUCAGUCUCCUCCAAAUACAACAGUGUAUAAAACAGUGGAUUUCUUGAAAACUGAAGCGUUUAAUCGCACUCGUCAACGAGUCGAGGAAGAGAGGAAACAAUGUACAGAUGAAUUGGCAUAGUUUUGAAUUUUGUUUCCUAGAGCUUUUAGCAUAACAAAGAAGAAGAGAAGAAGAACCGCAACUUUCUUUUAGGUAGUGUAUAAUAUUGUUAUCAUUUAUUAGCACUUCACGAUAUUACAAGGCUGCGAUUCCUAUGCAGUAUUUAGCGAUUCUUCAAGUGCCUUUUAAAUUUGUAUGUUUGUUAUUAAAUUGAAGAUUAUUUGAAAUCUUCGUUAUCAAUGAUAUAUGAUAGAUGGAAACCGAAGAGAGCAAUAUUAAAUGGACCAAAAAUGUAAUAUUAAAGU